AUGUCUCUACCACUCUCAAUUCCCGAGCAAGCUUAUGCAGAACUUGCUAAGAUCUUCACAACAAGGCAUGAGCACAAUCAAACCCUUGAGAUCGAAAUCCUUCCUCCGGGCUUCGGUACCCUGCUUCACGAUGGAUGCUCCGUAGGCAUCACCAAGAAAGUCCUGGUGGGGGCUUUUGUGGCUGCCAGGCGGGUUUUCUUUGAGAAACAAAGCUCUACAAAAACAGAGGAGUUAUAUGAGGAUGAGGAUGUUUUGCGGGCUUCAGAAAUCAUCAUACUCUUCGCCGCGGAGCACGCCACGGCUUGUAACUGGCGAAAACGACGGCUGGUUAAGAUGCUCGAGGCACGGAAUGAUGACACCCUGGAGACACUGGAUACAGAACUCACAUUGACGGCUUCAUAUCUUUGCUCUCCGCUACAUCGACAUACCAAGUCUCCGACUUUAUGGCAGCAUCGGUUAUGGGUACUGCGCCGGACACUCGGUAUCCGGGAACUGGGAGAAACACCAAAAGCAACCCAAUCGCUACUACAAUCCGAAUUAUCCAUCGUCCUACGCUCCGGAGAACUGCAUCCCCGCAAUUACUACGCCUUUAGCUACAUGCGCCAAUUGCACACCCUUCUUUCGAAAACGGGACCCGAAGCGGAGGAUAUAACGAUAGCACUCCUCGAACGAACCAUGUCUUGGUGCCAGGCAAAUACACGGGAUAUAUCGGGGUGGAUGUUUGCGCUGUAUCUCCUCGAGGCUAUACCCGAUCGUUGGGACGUGCAGGCGCGUGUCGUGGAUACGGUGGUUCGGUUUGCGCUGGAUAUCGGGUGGACCGGUGAGAGUCUCUGGACGUUUGUUGAUUUGGCGAUAAGGAAGAUGGGAGUCGUAGAUGCGGUUCGGGGUCUAUUGGAGACUUCUGCGGGAGAACAUGACGGUACAGCUCUGCCUGGAAAGUCAUGGAAGACAUGGUUGGGCAUGGCAGAGACAUACUGGGCCGCUGCUACCUAG